GGGUGACUGUCGAGCUCCUCUGGUGCUGAGCUCAUUCUUCUCCGAGGCAGACGGAGAUGAUGUUGACCUCUGAACACAGGAGCUACAUCUUCCCAUCCAGUGUCUGUAAUUCUAGUGGCUUGUGAUAUCGCAGUAUUUCUGAGAAACCCUUCCUUGAUCAUUUAGCUUUUAGGAUGUCAUGGUGAGGUCAUGGCUGAGGGAAGCUGUUUCGGUGCGUUGUAGCUGUCUCCAAACGUCGACUGGAGAGCCUUGGUGAACCAUCAACCAUGUGUCAUGUGAUCGUGACGUGCCGCUCCAUGCUCUGGACGCUGCUCAGCAUCGUCGUGGCGUUCGCUGAGCUCAUCGCCUUCAUGAGCCCCGACUGGCUGCUGGGGUCCCCGCGCCCCGACUCCAGUUCCAGCAGGACAGGAGGGGACCCGGGAGAGUACCGGCCGUCUCUGGGCCUCUACAGCCGUUGCCUGCGUGUGGGCAGCAGGGCGGCCGGGGUCAGCUGCGGACCUUACGCCGGGACUUUUGCGGAAGUGGCCAGCGGCUUCUGGCAGGCAGCCAUGCUGUUCCUUGCAGCGGGCACCCUGGUGCUGGGGAUUGUGGCCUGCAUCUCCAUCUUUAGCUUGUGCUUCCAGAGCAUCUUGAAGAAAAGUUUAUUCAACAUCUGCGGCCUGAUGCAAGCCAUCGCAGGUCUCCUGCUGAUGGUGGGUCUCAUGCUGUACCCGGGCGGCUGGGGGUCAGACAAGGUCAUCAGCUAUUGCGGCAAGGAGGCCUCGCCAUUCAGACCAGCUCAGUGCACGCUGGGCUGGGCCUUCUACACGGCCAUCGGAGGAACUCUGGCCACGUUCCUCUGCGCCGUACUGUCCGCCCAGGCCGAAAUCGCCACCUCCAGCGACAAAGUGCAGGAGGAGAUAGAGGAGGGGAAGAGUCUCAUCUGCCUUCUCUGAGUUCAUCACAUUGUUCAAGCCAGUUCCAGGGACUUGGUUUCCUGCAGCUUGCCUUCAACAUAGUUGACAUUUUGCCUGUCCAUCAUCAUCAAGAGACAAUUUCAACCUGGACUGAAACAGGUUUUGGGUAGACUUUAGAACUCACAGUAGAAGUACAAGUCAUUUCUUUGAACAGGUUUUUUUUCACAAGCCUCAAUGCUAAUGUUGUCUGUGGUUUGUUUCCUUGUAGCGGUUUUCUUACCUGCCUUAAAACUGGCCUGCGGAAUGAAACGCUAAAAAGUCGCUACGAAGUCAAUGUUUGUGGCCGUAAACACGCGGGAGCCCCUCAGCGUCAGCAGCUGUGCCCACUAAAUCAGCGGGCGCACGCGCACGUGUGAUGACACAAAUCGUUGGCCAGCAGCUCGGGGUAACGCCAAAUGUGGGACACAUUAGGGAUGAUUUGCUUCAAAGGGAAUUCCUCUCGUAAAAGAGGUUGUUGCAGCUUAAUAACUUUCAGAGCCUCUCUCUGUUGCCACACGUGUAAAGAGAAACCGAGAAAGACAGAAGUUCGUGUUGUGUUUAAUAUUUAGAGCUAAAAGUUUUGAUCUUUAAGAUGAAAAAGGUGUCCUCUGUCAGCCAUUGUAGAUAAAGUGCAAUAGUGGAGCUGUAGUAUGUUGAUGGGUGUAAGUUGUUGUAGUUAGCUGUUUUUGUUACAUUAACAAGAGUAACAGCGUUCAUGGCACAUCGCGGUUCAUGUUCUGUAUGUGGAGAGAAAGUAUGUGUUUGAUAUUAAAACCAUUUUAACAUUCUGG